AUGGGGCUGGGUGCAGUGUGGAAUCGGGUGAAGAAUGUGUGCCAACAGAAUGGACUCCUCAUCCUCUCCGUGCUGGCGGUGGUCAUCGGCUGCCUGCUGGGCUUCUUCCUGCGCUCCAAGCACCUCACGGCACAGGAAGUGAAGUAUUUCCAGUUUCCGGGGGAGCUGCUGAUGAGGAUGUUGAAGAUGCUUAUCCUGCCUCUCGUUGUGUCCAGUCUGAUGUCUGGGCUGGCCGCCCUCGAUGCCAAGUGCUCCAGCCGCCUGGGCAUCAUGACCAUCUCCUACUACCUGUGGACCACCUUUGUUGCCGUGGUGGUGGGCAUCGUCAUGGUGUCCGUCAUCCACCCCGGGGGCGCUGCCCAGAAGGAGGACUCGGAGGACAGUGGCAAGCCCAUCAUGAGCUCCGCCGACGCCCUGCUGGACCUCAUCCGCAACAUGUUCCCAGCCAACCUGGUCCAAGCCUGUUUCCAGCAGUAUCGCACCCAGAGUAUCCCCAUCAUGUCCCCCCGGCCUACCGUGAGUCAGGAGCUCGCCGAGUCCACCACGAGACGACUCUUCAUCUACGGCAUCCAGGACGACAAUGGCAGCGACAUCCAGAACUUCUCCCUGGACCUCACGCCCCCACCUGACGUCAAAUUCCAAAUUAAACCAGGCACCAGCGAGGGCAUGAAUGUCCUGGGCAUUGUCAUCUUCUCUGCCACCAUGGGCAUCAUGCUUGGCCGCAUGGGACCAAAUGGCAGCGCCCUGGUGAACUUCUGUCAGAGUCUAAACGAAGCUGUGCUCAAAAUAGUUGCCAUUGUCAUCUGGUAUUUCCCAUUUGGCAUCGUGUUCCUGGUCGCCGGUAAGAUUCUGGAGAUGGACGACCCUUCUGCCAUGGGGAAAAAGCUGGGAUUCUAUGCCAUCACUGUGGUCAUGGGGCUAGUGUUGCACGGCCUCUUCAUCCUGCCUUCCAUGUACUUCUUCAUCACCAAAAAGAGCCCCAUAGUCUACAUCAGGGGCAUCCUGCAGGCCCUGCUCAUAUCCCUCGCUACCUCCUCCAGCUCCGCCACGCUGCCUAUCACCUUCAAGUGCCUGCUGGAGAACAACCACAUAGACCGACGCAUCAUCCGCUUCGUACUGCCCGUGGGUGCCACCAUCAACAUGGACGGCACGGCGCUCUAUGAGGCGGUAGCUGCCAUUUUCAUCGCCCAGGUCAACAACUAUGAGCUGGACUUUGGCCAGAUCAUCACCAUCAGCAUCACUGCUACUGCCGCCAGUAUCGGAGCUGCUGGGAUUCCACAAGCUGGCCUUGUAACUAUGGUGAUUGUGCUGACUUCGGUUGGUCUGCCCACGGAUGACAUCACUCUCAUCAUCGCCGUGGACUGGGCGUUGGACCGCUUCAGGACCAUGGUGAAUGUAAUGGGAGACGCCUUGGCCACAGGCAUCAUGGCUCACAUCUGCAGAAAAGACUUUGUGAAGGAGGGUGAAGAGGUAUGGACAGUGAGGGCCUCUAGAAUCCCUCUCAUUUGCGAGACCAAACCCAUGAUCAGCAUCCAGCAGAUGAUGGCCUAUCAGAAGAACGGCGGCUUCCAGCCCUCUCCUGCAAGCAUGCUGAGGAAACCGGAGCACUUCUCCCCAGACGUGGCCCGGAUCCGGCAGCUGGAGGAGGGCCGGCCCAUCGAGAAGAAGAGGUCCUCGCACCAUCACAAGCGGGAGCCUAAGGACAAGGACCACUGCGCCAUAGACAUGAAUGGCCUGGAGACCAAUGUAUAGGCUCUCACAAGGACCAACACAGACACAAACACAACAUAUGUAUACCUGCUCUGAAAGCAGGGAUCCCAGACUAAGCCUGGAAUGCACCGGACCUUAAAGGAAAUUCCGUUUUGAGGUGUGGGGUUCAGACAGACACCGUGUUCUUUUCAUUUGUGUGAG